AAUUUGGUGGCUUAGUUCAAUCAAUAAUCCUUUAUGCCUGUUAAAAAACACACUUUACACGUUUGCUUCAAUCAACAAAAUCCUUGAUAUACUUAUUUUAAAAUAUCAUCCAGUACAAAUUUUACUCAGAUUUCGUUCAAAACCCCAACAGGACGACUACCAGGGCGGGGGAGGGUAGUGAUGGACAGGACACAGGUUUAUCAGUGAUAACAAUGAUAGUGGAGAUAAGCUAGAGGGGAGCGAGCCAGUCGGUGUCGCGUCGUCCGCGCGUGUGCCUCACCAUGUGCGUGCGAAAGUCGGCCAGCUGCUUUGGAUAUAUGGCAAAUAAUGUACGAGUGUUUAGAUGAUAUUGUGACGACAUUGUAUUUAGCAUACUGUACUAAGAAAUAAAACUAGUUUGGUUAACAAUUUUGGUUUUCCUCGAAGUUUUUGAUAUAGCUGGCUCUGUUAGAUGGUACAAUGUGUCUGAGACUUCUCCUCAAGUUGUCUUCCAACUGUGACGUCUUGCGAAGACUUGUGCCUAGCUGAGAAUUGAACGUUGAACAAACAACAUGAGAAAUGUCGUUCAAGCAGUACAUGGUGUUGUUCUUCAUGUUCAUGAUGUAUCUGUUCGUCGGCGCUUUCAUCUUCUACUCGGUCGAAAGACCCGUCGAGGAGGAUCGAAGAGCGCUGGCCAAGGCUGAGGCCCUAGAAAUCAGAGCACUGCUGCGUCGACACUACGCCAAAGGAUUGCCAGAGGCCCACAUGGAGUUGUUGGAGAGGUUGUCAGAGUAUUGUGGCAAGCCUUUCUUCAUCGAUGGUAUCCACAUAGGGGAGGGUAACGACACGGACCCAGCAUCAUCCCCUCCACCUUCAGCUGACGAGCCCUUCGACAACAAACCCUUCCUCUGGACAUUCUACAACUCUUUCCUCUUCGUCCUCUGCACCCUCAGCACGAUAGGCUACGGUAACCUCGCCCCCACCACCAGGCAAGGUCGUAUCCUAGACGUGAUGUAUGGUCUGAUAGGCAUCCCCUUCAAUGGUAUCGUCCUGGCCCAGAUGGCAGAGUACUUUGGAUCUUUGUUUAUGCGCGCUCACCACCGCUACAAGAGCCACGAGUACCAGACAAGACUGAGCUUGUUCGCAGAUAUCCUCACCUACCUCAUCCUCGGUACGAUCGUCUUCAUCUUCUUCCCCGCCGCCAUCUUUGUGUACUUCGAGGACUGGACCUUCGACACGGGAGUCUACUACGCCUUCGUCACCCUGGCGACCAUCGGGUACGGCGAUCUGGUGGCAGGUCAGUCAGACACAGAUACGUGGAUUUACAAUGUUUACAAGGUGAUGGUUCUGGUGUGGAUCAUGUUUGGGCUCGGCUACAUGCUCAUGAUUGUUGGCUUCAUCACUCGAGCUAUGAGGUCUAAGAAGGUUCGUAAGAUAGAGCACAAACUUGCUACAACCAUAAAACAAACUCAGAACAGGAUAUGGAAUGAAUUCUCACAAGAUGUUACAUAUCUACGGAGAAUGCUCAAUGAAAUGUAUUUGCUCAAGAUACAGCCAGUUUAUGUAGAGAAAGAGACUGAGGAAGAUAGAGAAGGUGUGAGGAGGAUUAAGAGUUGUCCCAACCUGAAUGAGUGGCCAAUCCUGGUCAAGAGGGAAGACUUGGAGGAUUCUAGCUCUGAAGAGGAUCUAACAGAAGAAGAGAUGGCUGCUAACUUCAAGAGGAUAGCCAUGAGGAGGAGGAGAGGACAUGCAGAGAACGUGAUGACACCGCAGGUACGCAAACGACGGUGUUCAGACACAGAUCUGUCCAGAAUCGACCGCAAGGCGACGUUUGGAGACGACUCAGGAACUGUGGAGCCUAAACUGCUACUAGCCAAGGUAGUGGACGCCCUCGGUACUUCUGUAGGCUCCAAGUUCUCCCUGGAGUCCCUUCAGCCUCCGUCCAGGAAGAUAUCCCAGAAGCUGAAUGGUAUCCAUGGAUUUAGUGAUGAGGAGAUCCUAGCGAGUGAGAGAGGUCCGAACUAUUGGUCCAUCACUGGACACAAGAUGGCCGCCAGUGAACAGCCAACACCAAUCAAGCGGAACAGUCUACUGGCCGACGAGACCAGGACUUGGACUGGAGUCAACCCAGUGGACAUUCAGAGGUUCAUUAAGAUCAGGACGAAUGAUGAGCUGAGAAGGUCAAAUCAAAAUUUGACCAGAUCAGAUUCCAUUUCCUCAGUAUCCAGUGAGCCGAACACCAAAGUCCCACCAAGCAGAAUGCGGCGAAUGUCGAUGGCUGUGACCAACCUUUUCUCUCAAGCGAUUGGCAAAUCUCAAGAAGCGAAGGAAACAAGAGACGGCAGAAAGAAGCGCAGAACUGGGAACACUCCUGGAAUGUUACCUGUUAUCAACAACAACAAACGUUUGUCACUGCCUCACGAGGACCAAACCAAAUCUAUGCUGCAUCAAGUGAAUUACCUGACACAAGUAAAUGGAAGAAGAGGAAGUGUUUUUGCUGCUUUAGCGAGUGAAAUGACACCAAAAGCCUCUCAAAACCCACUCAUUCCUGUCAGCCCAGUUCUUGAGCAGACGAGUGUAGCAGAUUUUCUAAGAUUGCUUUCCUCCUUGCAGGCAAAACUUGACCCAUCUAUGACACCUGAGGUUUCAGAUGCUUCAAAUUUGCAAUCUUUAAAUAGAAAAUCUAUUAACCCCAAUAAAGAGUUGGUUUUAAAUUCUCUAGCUGCUCUGUUUAACCACAAUACUUCAGCGCAACAAAACCAAACUGUGAGUGGCCCAGUGAAUCUUUCUCAUCCUUCAAAAACAGCUGCUAGAGCUUCAAGCUUUUUGGAGGCGAAAGGAAAACAAGGAAGAAGAUUUUCACUGAUUCCACCAAUGGACGUUGAUCAUCCUUCGGGCCAAAAGAAUCCAAGAGAUAUUUUUAGACUGAAGAAACGGUCGGUAUCUUCACAAAAUAUGUUCCAGAAUAGUGAUGGCUCUACAAUCAACAUUCCAGUUACUGCACCUCAAAGACAGAGGCCUCAGAGGACUUCGCUUUCUGGAACUGCAAAAUAUAUAAAUUCUAAGAUUCAAAGUUCAUCAGAAGGUAUUAAAUCCGCUCUACCAAACAUUGGCUACAGAAAGUUCUCUGUUAGACCAGUUUCAGCCCAAGAUAUGCCUUUGGGGAGUGAUACGAAAACAAAUCCAAAACAAAUGUUACCCACUAUCACUGUAGAAAAUUAUGACAAGGAAUCUUCAAAUGUUGAAGAAGGGGAAGAAGAGCUCAAAGACAUUGUUAUAUCAAAGUUAUGACGAAUCGAUUUUGUUAAUGUCACAAAAGACUGUCAUACAGAAUUAAUUCACCUUAAGCUUUUUACCAUCUGGUCAGUUAGCUUAGAUGCCUUGUCAGCCUGUUGUUAAAUACGGUAGGUAAAAAUGUAUUAACCAUAUAAUAGUUGUAUAAGGUUUUUAGACAGUUAUACAAGUUACCUUUUAGAGUAUAUACUCAGACUGUGAUUACAGUAUUUUUUAUAUUAGUUGUAAGAAAAUUGUUUGGUAAUUGUAAUAUUCAAAAUAUAUUUAUUACCUCUGUAAUCAAGAAAUAUUAUGAGCAAUGUAUAGAAUAUAUUUAUUUUUGUAUGCUAUGUAUAGUUUGAUAAUCAUUUAUCAAAAGGGGUAAAUUUCUAGUAUGUACAUAUUUGUAAUAUAUGUUGUUUCCAAAUAUUUAUUAACAAGACAGUAAAAUAAAUUUAAAAAUUAGUGAAAUUCUUGAUUUCAUUAAUU